GCUUCGGCACAGGACGGGCGGAUCUAAUGAGGGAACUAACGCCCUGGCGAGGUGGACUGCACCAUCUGGUGGACGCAACGAUUCGUCGACUGAAUCCCUCCAGCCGAGGCUUGUUGCCAAGGGUCAUGUCAUCGAUUCGUUCGCCGACUACGUCUUCCGCCUCUUGCUGUCCCAUCACUCGACCUCGUUCGCUUCCCUCCAUCUGCAGAAUUCUUACUUGGGGGGUUCUUCGUAGGUCUUUGAUGCCAUUCACCGACGUUACAUUCGUACCUUUCCUCUUCAGUUCACCGGUCACCCUGCCUGCAAGCACGUUCCUAGCACAGCCUUCCACCCCCACGUGUUCUGCACACGAAGGCACACUGCCGAAGAUCGACCAGCUUACACCUCUCGCCAUUCCUCGGUACCCUGCCUCAAGAUACCCCGUCUAGGGGACUGAUCUGUGGGUGCGGUGCGUGGCUACCAUAUCCGUCGUCCGGGAACCGCUGCUAAUACUCUGCACAUCUGGACGUCUUGCCGACCCCGAGUCCUUGACCGCUGCUGCCUCUGUCAACGAAUUGCAGCCAUCUUCUUCCGGGGUGGCGUGUGUUGUUCAUGUGUUUCAACCACGUCAGGCAUAACACCGGCUUAGCUCGCUCAACUUCAUUCGCUUGCUUCUUCGUCUUCGUUCCACGUCCUUAACUACAAUAGGCGCCGCUUGCCACCCCUUCCCCCUCUUCCUUUCUCGAAAUGUCCACCUCCUCAUUCGACUUCCCAAACCCCCUCAACAUGGACCCUGCGCAGCUCAAGCUGUUGCUCUCGCUGCUACCCAAGCUGCCUUUGAUAGCGCGGGUCGCCCUCCUCCACGCUCUGCACAUGUCCAAGUCGUCCAAAUACCUCGACUUGCGGAGCGACCUCAUCGUCUCGGUCCUGCGUUCAUAUAUUCAACCAAAUAAGUUACGGUCCAUCACUUCCACUCAAAAGAUCGCCAACCGAGACGGUGGCGUGAAAGGGAGAAUAUGGGUCUCUACCUACGCCUGCCCUAUCCCCGAAACCGAUGUCCGUGAUGCCCUCAUCGGGGCCGUCCAGUCGCUGAGAACACCAGGCACGCCCGAGAUCGAUCUGCGUUUGCCGGAUAUCGUACCAGUUGAGGCUGAAUGGACAGGUUACCGUUCCGGUGCCACAGACGAGGAACGGCCACCCCCGAUUGGAGAAAAAGACAAGUACGAAAACCUUCAAAAAGAGCUCACUAGUCCUCUGACAGUGUUGUAUUUUCACGGUGGAGCGUACUAUCUCCUCGACCCGUCGUCUCAUCGCCCGGCGACCAAGAAGAUAGCCAAGCUGACGGGCGGUCGUGUGUACUCGGUCCGUUAUCGACUUGCUCCGCAAAACCCCUUUCCGGCGGCCCUGCUAGAUGCUCUCAUCUCCUACAUGGCACUUAUAUAUCCGCCUUCGGACGCCUACCAUCAGCCAGUUAACCCGCGACACAUUGCAGUUGCCGGAGACAGCGCCGGUGGCAACUUGAGUCUCGCUUUGCUACAGCUCUUGCUAGAACUGCGCAGGAAGAACAGAAGGAUCCUAUGGAACGGUGAAAAACGAGAUGUUCCACUGCCUGGAGGGCUUGCUUUGAACUCGCCUUGGCUUGACAUCACGCAAAGCUCAGCAAGCUGGGACGCCAACGGGGAUUUCGAUUACCUCCCAACUGCUGGGGCAUAUGCCAAGUACAACCCGCCCCCAUGCGAAGCAUGGCCCGCGAAGCCUCCACGGAUGGCCCUUUACGCAGACGAUGACCUUCUGGCGCACCCGCUGGUAACACUGGUCAUGAGCCGAAAUUGGGAAGGCGCGCCUCCUGUGUUCAUCUGCACGGGGUGGGAGCUAUUGGCUGACGAAGACAAGUACAUGGCCCGCAAGUUGCACGAGGACGGCGUGACGGUGGUGUUUGAAGAGUACGAGGGCAUGCCGCACUGCUUCUCCCUCAUCUUGACUAAGACGCCCAAUGCCAGGCGCUGUUUCGACGGCUGGACUGGGUUCAUGAGGAAGAUCAUCACCCAUCCGGAUACCAUUGAUUCCAAGGCCAUCACGGUCAAGGCCAAGACGCUCGAGGAAGUCUCUCUGACCUUUGAGUCUUUGCUGAGCAAUGUUAGCGAGGAGGACAUGCACGGGAGGGUUUUGAAGAAAAAGGAGAUGAGCUUGGCAUCCGCUUCAGACCAAGCAGUACCAAAAUUAUAAAGCAGAACAAGUAAUUUAGUAGCCUACAAAUUCCUUGCCAGAGUUGUUGGCUUUGCAUAUCCAAUAUCAGAACAUGUAAUCAGUUGGUAUCCG